AUGGCUACGGUGCAUGGCCACUGCAACGCCGGUUUCGAUCACGUUCGCAAUGUGUUCCAAGAGCACAUCACUGCCGAUAAGGAGCUGGGGGCAUCUCUUUGUGUCAACAUUGAUGGAAUAAACGUGAUCGACCUCUGGGGUGGUCAUGCGGACGCGACAAAGACGAAGCCAUGGGAUGAAGAUACGCUGAUCGUGGUCUGGUCUUGUUCCAAGAUUGUCACUGCAUUAGCCGCGGCUAUUCUUAUUGAUCGUGGCUUGUUAGAUCCUGAAAAGAAGGUUUCUAACUACUGGCCCGAGUUUGGAGCAUCUGGAAAGGAAGACAUUACAGUUGGCCAUAUUCUCAGCCACGCAUCUGGCGUGCCGUCCUGGGAGCAGCCAAUCACCAUUCAAGAGACUUAUUCCAGCAAAAGCGCAGCAGAGAAACUAGCACAGCAGUCGCCCUGGUGGACCCCCGGAGAACACUCAGGAUACCAUCUUUUCAAUCAGGGCCAUUUCGUAGGCGAACUAGUCCGUCGGAUAACAGGGAAGACGCUCAAACAGUUCAUAGCCGAUGAGAUUACGGUUCCCUUAGAAGCAGACUUCCGUCUCGGACUCGAAGAGAAAGACUAUCCGCGUACUGCAGAUGUUAUCGCACCGCCGGCGAUACCUCUAGACGGCCUUGAUCCAAAUAGUAUUAUGGUUAGAGCCAUGUGUGGCCCCGUUAUCAAAGCCGAAUAUUCAUCAACACGGGAGUUCAGAGAAGCUGAGGUAGGCGCCGCAAAUGGAUUUGGGAAUGCUCGAUCGCUGUGCCGCAUUGGAUCAAUCGUAUCGCUGGCAGGGACAGUGGAUGGAAAGCAGUAUAUAUCGCCUCAGACCGUGGACCAAAUGAUGCACGAACGGAUCCGCGGUCAAGACCUAGUUCUUGGCACGUUCUUGCGAUUUGGCUUGGGAGUUGGCCUGCCCGUGCCGCAGACAGUGCCGUGGGUUCCAGAGGGCCGCAUCUGUUUCUGGUGUGGUUGGGGUGGGUCGACAGUAGUCAUGGACUUGGAUCGGCGGAUGACGAUCAGCUAUGCCAUGAACAAGAUGGGGGUUGGUACUUUAGGAAACGAAAGCACUGCGGCCUACGUUAAUGCGGUGUAUGCUGUUGUUGGCGGAAAUUUGCCUUCUUGA